AAUUUUCGGUCCUCUGUCACUUUUAUAUUGAACCUCUAGCGACCGACUGCCGUCGCCCGACCGCUUUUCCUGUUGGUGACUCGCUGUUGUUAUUGUCCAAGAAAGGUCAAAAAGGGGAGAGAAAAUGGAGAUAGUGGGCGACUGUGAGCGCGAGAGAGACCGUGAUUUCCUCAAUUUCUCCUCUCUCUCAACUCCAUUUUCCGGCAUCAACGCUCUUAUAUGACCACGUGUCCGCCCUCGAUCCUUGCGUGCGACCGCUCCCUACCUUUUUGUUUUGCUCGCAAUCCCUGUUUCUCUCGUUUUGGUGGCAUUUUUGAACUCAAAACUGCGAUCUUUCUUCUUCUUCUUCUUCUUUUUUUCACGCUACCCAGUACCCAUCAACAUCUGCCUGCUUCAGGAAAACUACUCCCCAGAAAGGUGUUACAGAUUUAUACUGAUUAAGCACAGCAACUGCUGCUUCAGGACGAUACCCACUACUCCCUUCCACUGAAUUUUUGGGUUCGGGGGGUUUAGGGCUCUAUCGGAACUGCUCGUUUGAGCAUGUCAUCUCAGUCGCAGAAAGAGGAGUGAAGCUGCUCUCCUUCAUUAUUUAUGAAAAUGCUUAGCUUCUUGCUAAAGAAAGAUGUGAGGAAGAUUCUGAAGCGCAAGGACAGCGAUGUUGGUGAAAAAGUUUUGCUUAAAUUUCCUAAUAAACGCAGGACGAGCGCUGGAAGACCUGCGGGCCUCUCUGUUUAAUGAAUUUCGCUCAUCUGAUGGUGCCAAGCGUCAGCAGCAACGCAUAUGUCGACCAAUUGUUGCUCUUUCAUUCAACUUUGUCGUUGCUGUUGGUAUUAUAUUCACGAAUAAACUGGUGCUUCAGAAUGUUGGAUUCCAGUUCCCCAUAUUUCUCACGUUCAUACACUACGUAAUAAGCUGGGUAUUAAUGGCUAUUCUGAAUGUUUUCUCGAUCCUGCCUGCAUCCCCUCCUUCAAAGUCAAACCGUUUAACUGCCUUACUCACUCUGGGGGUUGUGAUGUCUCUGUCAACUGGCCUUGCUAAUGUUAGCUUGAAAUACAAUAGUGUGGGUUUUUAUCAGAUGUCGAAGAUUGCUGUAACACCAUCAAUUGUUCUGGCUGAAUUCAUUUUCUACGACAAAAGAGUAUCUUUCUUAAAGGUGCUUGCACUUACAGUUGUUUCCAUUGGCGUUGCUGUGGCUACCGUUACAGAUUUGCAAUUCGACUUUUUUGGUGCGUGCGUAGCAUUGGCAUGGAUAGUCCCAAGUGCAGUUAACAAAAUUCUGUGGUCCAGGUUGCAACAGCAGGAAAAUUGGACAGCCUUGGCGUUAAUGUGGAAGACAACACCAAUCACCUUGGUUUUCCUUGUGCUUUUGAUUCCUUGGCUUGAUCCCCCUGGCGCCCUCUCUUUUGAUUGGACCUUGAACAACACAGUGGCCAUUCUCAUGUCAGCUUUUCUCGGAUUCUUGCUUCAGUGGUCUGGUGCUUUGGCACUUGGGGCUACAUCUCCCACAACACACGUGGUCCUUGGACAGUUCAAGACAUGUGUUAUUCUUCUAGGAAAUUACUAUAUUUUCGGUUCCAAUCCUGGCAGAACAAGCAUUUCAGGGGCAUUUGCAGCUAUCGGUGGCAUGUCCUUGUACACUUACCUGAAUUUACAGAACCAGAAACAACAACCGAGCAAAUCAACUUCCCGUCAAGCCUCUUUACCAAAGUCUAAACUGAAGAGAGAAAAUGGCAAUACUCAGGAUGGAAAUUUCGGGUCCGAUGCAGUCUAGACUGCCACUCAGCAGUCACCCUCGAUGCUCACUAUCUCAGAAGACACGAAAACUUCUCUUAAACUGACCCCCUACACGUUGUUUCGUUCCAUUUAUUUAAUUUCAUAGGAUGUUGCAGGAUAGCUCUCUCCGUUCAUGGCUAAUUUGUAAAUCCCACAUGGGUAGCAAGAUACAUUCCUGAAAGGGAUUGCUUGUUGAACA